AUGAACGGUCACUCAGGGACCAUGUCGCCUGUCUCCGUGGAUGGGAGUGACUGGUCCGGGAUCAAUCAAUACAACAAAACCGAUCCGCCCUUCUCUCCAACCUACUCGACUCGGAGCAAUCUUGCGACUCCCCCGACAUCAGGCGUCCCCAGUGGCACCCCGACUGUGGAGGGAGUCCCCAAUGGCUCGUCAGGUCCGGUGAGCGACGCUGGCAACCCGUCGCCGCCGAGCUCCGUCGCCGCGCGAUCAAGCGUUGGAACCCUACCCGAUGGCGCCAAACGGCAGAAGCGGCUGGAGGAAGUCUUAGGCCAACACUACGUCGCCCUGCGACGGUUCCUUCAGGGUCCCUACCGGGAGGAUCGCCUGAACAGCAAAUCGAACAAAGCCCGGGACAAGCUGCUGCGACUCUCGCCCACCCAGUUCCACGAACUCAGCACGGACGUCUACGAUGAACUGCUCCGGCGCCAGCAGGCGAUGCCGUCACCCUCCCGCCCCCCUCGUCCCGAUAUCCCUCCGUUCUUGCCCCCGCGAAAGGAGUUCCACGAGAAGCGCAACCAGGCACGGAAGAAGCUGGCUUCGCUACAACACCAACGGUUCCGGGACCUUGCGACGGACGUGUACACAGAACUGGAGCGCCGGUUUCCGCAGUUCCCUACCAGAGAUGCCCAUCGUGCCGUCAGUCCCGCCCCGAGUUUCCGCGGACGCCCUCCGCCGACCCCGACCGGCUUUCCGCCUAAUGGCUACCCUCCGCCGGGUCCCGGGGGUCGCAAUUCGCAGAAUCGGGGACCCCCGCGGUAUCCGCCCGGCGGGAUGCCUGCAAGUCCCAUGGGUUAUCCUCCGCGGCAGGGAUCCUUGGGAGGCCCACCACCUGGUAUGAAUGGGGAUGGUCCGAUGGCGAAGUCCUUUCAGAGCAACACGAUUGUUCCCAAUAAGAGUACCAUGGUGGAAGAUGAUGACGACGCAGCGGGUACGGAAGAUGAUUACGAUGCGCGCAGUGAUGCGUUUGCCCUGGAUGUGGUUCUCAACAGCAGAAGAGGUACGGGGACGACGUUGGGGGAGAGUGAGCGGAAGAUGCUGGCAGAGACGCAGUCGCAGGUCUCUUUUCUGCAAGAAAAGGUGACAAAGCUCGAGGAGCUGCUCAAGUUGAGAGACCAGGAGAUCUCGACUUACCAGGAAGACCAGAGUAAGGUGGGCUUGCUGGAGGAGCUAGUUAAGACCAAGGACGAGGAGCUCUCGAAAUACCAAGAGGAGCAAGACAGAUCACAGAUCAGUAUUGCAGAGCGUCAAGAGUGGGAGGACAUAAAGUCGAACUUGGAAAGUAAGAUCACGCAGGCGGAGGACUUGAACCACUCACUCCAGCAGGAGCUCGAGAAGGUCCGGACCGAACAGGAAGCCAUCGAGAUGGAUCUACGCAGUCAGAUCGACCAGGUUUCGCGACAAAGCACGGGCGAUCCUGAGUUGCAGGCCAAGUUCAGCAAUCUCGAGAUCAAGCACCAGAGCUUGCAGACGGAGCUGCAAGAACAGCAAAAGGUGACAGAGGAAGUCAGGCGGGAGGCCGCAGGGUUCCUCAUGGAGAUGAGGGCGUUGUCGGAACAGAGUCAUACCAAGUGGGAGCAGGAAGAACGACUGACGACUGAGGUCCAUCGGCUGGAGGAAGAGGUCAAACAAUGGAAAGCACGGUACGCCAAGGCGAAGACUCAACUACGGCAGCGCACCUCGUCUAUUGGCAUGUCGGAGCUGCGAUCAGAUGCCGCUAGCGUCGCGAGGGAUAACGAGUUCCUUCACGAGACGGGCUCCAUCCUGGAUGUGCAUGUCACGAAAUUCCAGAUCUCCAUCGAUGAGCUGCUGCGGAUCGCGCGAGAGGACGAUCAUCAGCUGGUCAUGCAGCAGAUCAAAGCGGUUGUUAUUGCCGUCCGCCAUAUCUUGCACGAUGUGGAGCUGCGUAAAGACAGCAGUGAAGAGCUCGCGGCGCUUGGUGCGAAGGCCACGCGCAAGGUCUCUGCUACAGCAAAUAACGUGAUCACGGCCACCAAGAAUUUCGCCAGCUCCGGUGGACUCUCCCCAGUCUCUCUCCUGGAUGCUGCAGCUUCACACUUGUCGACUGCCGUCAUCGGACUGAUCCGCCUCGUGAAAAUUCGCCCUACGCCAGCAAACGAGUUGAACGACGACGAAGACGAUGAAGCACAGUUUGCCCAGAUGAGGUCCCCUGACUACUUCAGUGUGGCGCCUAGCCAAGGCAGACUCAGCCGCAACGAUUCGGUUUACAGCGCCAUGAGUCCUCCUGCCGAGCACGAAGUUACCUCUCCUGGAAUGAAUGCAGGGAUGCAUACAAUGUAUCCCGUCCAGUCCGUGGACCACGAGCUUCAAGAACUCAAGUACUACCUUGAGGAUCAAACGGACGGGCUUGUUCAAUCGAUCCAGGCCCUGGUUGCUAGCAUUCGCGCCGAGCAAGGCGUCAACACCAUCAGCACCCACAUCUCUGCUAUCUCCUCUGUUGUGUCGCAUGUCAACUCGUCCACACAGCACUACAUCGACGGUCCUGAAGUCAACCCCACCCUGCGGCAACGUGCGGGCUCCAUCAUCCAGACUUUGGAGCAUCACCGGGACCGACUGACGGGAACUGCAGCCGAGGGCGAAGGAAUUUCUGACCCCGCUGAGCUGCGCACAAUCACUAACAAGCUUCCGCCCAUUGCCUUCGAGAUCGCACGGGAGACCAAGGAGCUGGUCCAUCGACUGGAACCCCAUGAGCUCGAUGACGAGGAAGAUGACUUCCGGUAG